ACUCCAAGAAGACAACAGAAAUCACACAAGAGCGAGACAUAUAGACAAUAAACGGAUAUUUGCAGAUUUUUUUUGCUACGUAAAGGCGUUUUUUUUGACGAAGUGACACAUAAUACGGAGACUAGCGGAACAAAAUAUUGCAGCAGCAGCCAUGGCAGAGUGUGAUGCCGAAUGGGAAUACAGUAAGGAAAAUAUCCAGCCUUUGAGACAAGGCCGUUCAGUGUCAGCCCUUCAUCAGGCUCUCUGUCAGCAGCAGGAGGGAAAUCACACAGCCCUCAAUCUCAAGAAACAAGAGUUUGAGUCUGAGCUGCGUCUGUAUGAUGGAGACGAUCCUCUGGAUGUUUGGGUCAGGUAUAUAAAAUGGGCAAAACAGACGUACCCACAAGGUGGAAAAGAGAGCAACAUAUCAGUGCUUCUUGAAAGAGCGGUCAUGCGAUUUACAGCUGAGCAGAAAUAUCACAAUGAUGUCCGCUAUGUUGAACUCUGGAUCCAGUUUGCGGAAAGCUCUUCUGACCCGAUGGAUGUGUUUCGCUACAUGCAAGCUCAGGGAAUCGGCACAAUGCAAGCAGUUUUUUAUAUCGCCUGGUCCGAGGAGCACGAGAAGAGGGGGAACAUGAAGAUGGCUGACAGUGUUUUUCAGGACGGUGUCAAGUGUGGAGCAGAACCCUCAGAUAAACUGCACGCAUUUCACAGAGCUCUGCAGGCACGAGUGUGUAGACAGAUGAUGACAUCCAUGACUGAUCAACACAGAAAUGAUGAAGAUGAAGAUGAUGAAGAGCCUCAGCGAGCAUCACUGGCUGAGCUCAGAGCCAAAGGGAAGAAAAAGGCCACAGUUCCCAUCAACAGAGUGAACGCAUCUGUCGGAUAUGCUCGCGGGCUCCAGUUUAAACAGCCUCUGGGCCCCAAACAGAACAGCCGGAUCGUGAUAUUUGAUGAGAAUAAAGCUGAAAGUGAGCCGCAGGAGCCCAAAUUUGAGGUCUGGACGGCGCCGCCUGCUGCCCGAGCCAAAGAGAACCAGCAGAAAGCGGAGAAGUGGAGCAACGUGAAGUUACCUCUCAAGUCCAGAUCAGGCCUCAGUGUUGCGGUUCCACCUCCUAAACCCAGUUUCCAGCCGUUUGUGGAAGAGGACGACCAGCUGCCUGCUGUAACUCCGUGUAAAAUCAACCCUGCGGUGAACUCUGUUCUGUCUGCGAGGAAGCCCAGCCGUCUGGAGCAAACGCCACUGAAGAGGCUGCAGGAGAAACAGAUGCAGACGCUGGAGGACGGAGAGAGCAGAGAGCAGAGCAUGUACUGCAGAGAUCUGCUCUACAGCGGAGCCACUGAGUUCUGCUUUGAGGAGCUGCGCGCACAGAGAUACCUGCAAACACACACCAUACACAAUCUGAAAACACCACCUGCACACCAACACUGAAAAAUGAAGAGAGUUCUGUUUACUUCUGAAUUAACGUUUACUGAUCAUUAACUCUGCUGCUUGUCAUCCAAGAUGUUUAUUUCUUCAGUUGGGGAAAAAAAUGAAGGUUUUUAAAAGGAAAACAUGCAUGAAAUAAAUGUGUUUUCUUCA